GAGAGCCACGUGGUUGUGGGGGUGCGGGGGGUGGGGUGCGGGUGGUUUGUAUUAUUCCUGCCGCUUUCGAUUGUCUUUUCCCGACGGCGCGGAUUCUCCCUUCUUUUUCCUGUUUCCUCUUUUUUUUAAAACGCCGCUUUUCAGUGUUACUGUUUCGCAAGGGGGAAUCGUGGGUGUGUCUUGAGGCGAGGAGGGCAAACAAUGGCGAGGAGGGCUCGUUGAGAGCGCGCCGGGAGAGGAUCUCCUCGCUCCUGCACUCCCACCCCCCACCCCAUGCAAAAUUGGGCAAAGCCCGGACGGCUCGUGUUGCCCACCCCGAGCCGCCCCCUUCUCUACACCCCGCUCCCCUCUCGGGAGAUGGAGGGCGAGCUCUGAUCCAAGAGGGAGCAAAGGCGCGCACGCCUAGCCGCGCGCAUUACAAUGGAGCGAGGGGCGUCCAGCUUCCAGCAGCCUCGGAAGUGCUGCGCUGGGCGAAGAUAAAACGCCCCUGUGGAUCUUCUUAUCUUUUUUUGGGGGGGGGCUGCUAUUUUGGAAACUCGAAGGCUCGCCCCAGACAAAAGGCGUCGGCGUCGGGCAGGCUCGCCAAGGCGCAGGGAAGGACAAGGCUCGGCCGUUUUGGUUUUGAAGCGCAAUGGCCGAGGAUGGCUGCCGGCUGCUGCUUUCGGGCGCCCUCUGAGUGAGGUUGUCACUGGCAACGGGAGGCCGAGGGCUGCUGCUGCUGCUGCUGCUGCCGCCGCUUCUGCUGCAACCGGAGGAGGGCGGCUUCCGCGCCAGCGCGGCCAUGGGCAAAUGCAACGGGCGCUGCACGCUGGUGGGCUUCUGCUGCCUGCAACUGAUCGCAGCCCUGGAGAGGCAAAUAUUCGACUUUCUGGGUUAUCAGUGGGUGCCCAUCCUGGCUAAUUUUUUACACAUCAUGGCUGUCAUCCUGGGCGUCUUUGGCACCAUUCAGUACAGAUCCAAAUACCUCAUACUGUAUGCAGUGUGGCUCGUGCUUUGGGUUGGAUGGAAUGCAUUCAUCAUCUGCUUUUACCUGGAAGUAGGACACCUUUCACAGGACCGAGACUUCAUCAUGACCUUUAACACAUCGCUGCAUCGCUCAUGGUGGAUGGAGAACGGGCCUGGUUGCCUGGUGACCCCGGUGAUGAACUCCAAUCUGGCCCUCGAAGACCAUCACGUCAUCACAGUCACUGGGUGCUUGCUUGAUUAUCAGUAUAUUGAGGUGGUGAGCAGUGCAAUGCAGAUAUUCCUUGCGCUCUUCGGAUUUGUUUACGCCUGCUACGUCAGCAAAGUGUUUAUGGAGGAAGAAGACAGCUUUGAUUUCAUUGGGGGAUUUGAUUCAUAUGGCUACCAGGCACCCCAAAAGAUGUCACACUUGCAGCUACAGCCUUUGUAUACCUCUGGAUAACUGUUUCCUUAACUACAGUGAGCUGGCCCCUGGGGACGUUUGCAAAAAACGCAAGGCAAGCAGGGUGCCGAAUAUGAUAAAAUGAUUCCAAAGCCAAAUGGCAGUCACCUCCUCUGGAGAUCUGGUGUGGCCUGAAAUCCCGCCCAGAGACAACACAGUGACCCUUCCUGGGUUCAUUUCCUCCCCUCCUUUCUCUUUAACUCCUUCAUUUGAGUGGCCACAGAGAGUUUUCAUGCACCUGGAAGAUGAUUCUGGCACAAGUUCUCUCUGCUCAAGACUGAGGAACCAAAAAGAAGCUCGACGCUCCACCUGCUGGCCAGUGUUUGUAGUGGUGCUGGUAACUCCAGCGAAUUUUUUAAAAAGGAAAAUCAAGCAAGGGCAAUAUUAUGUUCCAGAGAGGGCAAGGAAAAGCCCUAUUUUUAAGGAAGACCUUUUUCGGGUUUUGAAGUGUUGCUCUUUAUUUCUUUUUUUUUUUAAUUGUUCCGGAUCACUUCCUGUUGUCCCAUUUGCUUCUGAGCAAAUGGCUUUGCAAUGUGGCACAGGCUGCGAGAGAAUCCAUACAUUGCAAUAAAGAGUGAGAUAGAUAUAUAUCUGACAUCUGGAAAGGGGAGGCUUCAUUAGGUCUGAAAUCUGUUCUUCCCACUCCCAGCCCCCGUACACCCAAGGCUUCCCAAUCCUGUUCACUAUUUAAAUGAGCAUCAGUUAAAAAUCCAACUCCUGAUAAAUGCAGGAGAAGAAAAAAUAGUUCUUUGAUCAUGGAGACAGAAUUGAAUAUAUGCGUACUGUAGCAAAUGUGUGGGUUUAUUUCUGAGCUGGUAUUGCAUCCCAAUGCUUCCAAGUUUAUAUGUGAGAAUCCAGUGGGAGCUAUUCCAUUAGGCCAAAAGGGGAGGUGCCUCACCAACCUCAGCCUGCCCUCAGCCAGCCUCUCCUUCGUCUCAGUAUUGUCCCUUGUAGAACUCAGCAAGGAGGACGGGAGCCAAACCUAGAAUUAGUUGCCUGUGGCUGUCUUUGGCUCUGGCUCUGGCUGCUGUGGCUGGCUCUGCCCACCAUUAGUCCCCUUGUCCUAACAGUCCCAAUGGGUACCAGCCACCACUGGGAGACAUAGUGUUUCCAAGAGGGUCCUGAGAACCAUUUCCGGGAACACGAUAAAUGCCUUCCAAAGGGCCAGAAUCUCAUCAGCUGGUUUCUCUUUCUUAUUUUCUUUCUGUAAAUUGGUGGUGCAGAACCCUCUUUCCUCCAAGUGCCCUACUUUCUCAACAUCUCAGUGCUGGACGCUGCAGGGUCAAGAAUUUUUGCAGCCUUCUCUAACCUGGUGCUCUCUAGAUGCUGCUGGCCUACAACUCCCAUCAUCUGGGACCACUGGUGGAAAUGGAGAUCUAACAACAUCUGGAGAGCAUGGUAGGGUGAGGAAGGCUGCCGUAAGUUUUCAUAGCCUCUAUCUAUCUAUCUGCCCAAACACACAAAAGCUUGUUCAGAAUUGGUCGCAGUUGCCUCAUUCUGACACCAGGCAGUUCCCAGUAGUGGCUGGUGGCACUCACCUCCCAUCACCAGCAUCACUGUAGCUUACCAGGCAUAGGCCACGGUAAGGGUGGUGCAGUGCAAAUGCACCAGUAAAGAACACCAGAUUGACUCUAGUAGUGUGUUUGCACCACACAGGCAUUGCCACAGCCGUGCCCUUCUUUUUCCCGCUAAGCUGAAGGUCAGGUAAGCACCACUCCCACCAUGUGCUGACCACCAUUGCCAGUCCUUGUCACUCCAAACUAAAGUCAUCGCUACCAAGCCAUGUUCAUAAUGCCAUUAUAUUCCCAGGUGUGGGCUUCCAAGGAAAAAGUUCUCAUUUAGCUCUUCAACAUUAAAGUUGUGGUUUUA